CUGUCAGCGCCAGCAGCGCAGGGCCCCAUUAUCUCCACCAGGCAGGGGAGGCGUAUCCUUUUCCCCCUCUGCACUCCCCACUCUCUCUCUGUCUCUCACCCAUACACCAAGUCACUAGACUACAACCUGCUUCAGACGACGCCCAUCAUCCACAGCCCAUGAGAUUUGCAGCGAGAGCGGAGCCGCCACCUCCGUCGCGCGUCUUUCUCGCUCGAGAGGAAUCCAUUUGCGCUUUGUUAUUGUCGGGCUGUGCGCGCAGGCUGCCCGCGGCAUCACCUCACCAUUAACAGUCAAGCGUGCCAGUCACUCAGAGGAGGAAGAAGGAGAAGAAGAAGAGGAGGAGAAGAGGGAGCAGGAGGAGGAGGAGGAGGAGAAGGAGGAGAGGAAGGGCUGGCAGAGAAUUCCGGAUUGACGCUGAGAAAUAAACAAGAAGACACCCUGUUGGGAAAACAUCUGCGGAUCUGCAACUGAGAUGGCUGAGGUGUCACAAGAGGAAAGACUCCAGGCCAUUGCUGAGAAAAGGAAGAAGCAGACAGAGAUUGAAAACAAGAGGAGGCAGCUGGAUGAUGACCGAAGGCAGCUCCAGCAUCUCAAGUCAAAGUCGCUGAGAGAGCGCUGGUUGUUAGAUGGAGCUCCAGCGGAGGAGGAGACUCAGAAGCGCCUGCACGAGGACGAGGUGAAGACCAAACUUCUGGAGCAGGUCAUCCUCAGGCUGGAGCGAGAGAUCGAAGAACUGGAGACAGACGAGCCAGCAAGUAAGGGCGUGGCCAAAGAAAAUGGAGGUGAAAAUGGAGUAGUGCAGACCUCUGGUCAGACCCCCAAGAGAGAGGUGACCGGCAUUGAGGCCAAACUGCUGGGUCCCAGUCCUGACCAGGCUAGCGCAGACAACCCUGUCACUCUGGUGUUCAUGGGCUACAAGACCGUGGACGAGGAGCAGGAGACCGGCACGGCGCUGGGAAUGGAAGGCGUGGACGGCAACGUGAAGGCUGAGUUUGUUGUGAUCGAGGACGGGGAGGGGAAAGCAGGGGGCGAGGCCGCCACAGAAGAGCAGGCCCCGCCCAACGGGAGCAUGGCCGAGAAGGAGAAGGCCAACGGAGGUGGUGAGGAGGGGGAGAAGGAAAAGGAGAAGAAACAGACCUGCAAGUGCUGCACGGUCAUGUGAGCUGCCUGUGUGUGUGUGUGUGUGUGUGUCUGUGGAUGAGUGCACACCUGCGUCUGUGCAGCUGUGUG